CACUGUGAGCCGCAGCCUCUGUCGGUCCCUCGGUCCCUCGGCCCCUCGGGCGUGCGUGGCCCGUGAGGGAUCCCCCCCGCGCCCCCCACCUCCGAGGCCGCAGAGAGGCGAGCUGCGCACUGCUCACCCUUCCGGAUUCGGAGACCCGAGGAAACGGUGUCGGUCAGACCCCGCGGGCGGAGGCGCCGUCUUUUUUGGCUCCUCCGAGGCGCCGUAAAGGGAGUCCGAUGCGUCCCUAGCAACCGUUAGCGCCGGCUUCCCCGCGCAAGCUCGCCGAGUCCCGCCCACAAGCACUCGUGGUUGGCUCAUAGGGCCUGUCAAUCGGCACGAGUCGUUCUGCGAUUGGCCGGUGGGGCCGGAGGCGAGGAUGCGCUCCUUCCCGGCGGGUGAAGCGAACUUGGCUGGGAGACCCUGGCAGGCCUCAGAGCAUGGCAGCGGCCUGAGCGGGAAACUUGGGAUGCCGUCUUGAUGCCUUUCCUUCUGUGCUCAUCACCCAGUGUAUCUAGUUGUUCUCCUGGCCUGCCAGCUCCCCGAUGGAGGGCGGAGGCCCCGCCGAGAGCCCUGCCGUGCGAACCACCUCCGAGCCCCGCAGGUCCUCGUCCUCGGCGCACAGACACCUGAGCAGAAGGAAUGGGCUGGCGAAGCUGUGCCAGAGCAGGAUGGCCCUCUCCGAAGGCAGAUGGAGCUCCUACUGUCUGUCCUCGCUGGCUGCCCAGAAUAUGUGCGCGAGCAAGCCGCACUGCCUGGCCGCACCGGAGCGGUCGGACGCGGCCGGGUCCCUGGGGGGCGCGUCCUGCUGUUCCCUGCUGCGGGGCUUGUCUUCGGGGCGGUCCACGCCCCUCCUCCCGGCCCCCGUGUCCAACCCGAACAAGGCAGUUUUCACCGUGGAUGCCAAGACCACAGAGAUCCUGGUCGCCAACGACAAGGCUUGCCAGCUCCUGGGGUACAGCAGCCAUGACCUGAUCGGCCAGAAGCUCACGCAGUUCUUCCUGAAGCCAGAUUCCGACGUGGUGAAGGCCCUCAGCGAAGAGCACGUGGAGGCCGACGGCCACGCCGCCGUUGUGUUUGGCACGGUGGUGGACAUCGUGAGCCGCAGUGGGGAGAAGGUUCCAGUUUCUGUGUGGAUGAAGAAGGUGAAGCGGGAACGCAGCCUCUGCUGUGUGGUCAUGCUGGAGCCCGUGGAGCGCGUCUCGGCCUGGGUCGCUUUCCAGAGCGAUGGAACCAUAACAUCGUGCGACAGCCUCUUCCCUCUCCUGUAUGGGUACGCGUCCGUGGAGGAGGUGCUCGGGCAGCACAUGGCAGACCUCAUCCCUUCUGUGCAGCUGCCUCCGCCCGGCGAGCUCGUCCCACAGAAUCUCAAGAUUCAGAGGUCUGUCGGGAGGGCCAAAGAUGGCACCACCUUCCCUCUGAGCUUAAAACUGAAAUCCGAGCCCAGAAGCGAGAUGGUGGAAGACGGCAGGGCAGUGCCUGAGCGGGGUUACUCGGCGUCAGUCUGGGUGUUCUCCACCAUCAGCGGCCUCAUCACCCUCCUGCCCGACGGGACCAUCUAUGGCAUCAACCACAGCUUUGCCCUGAUGCUGUUCGGUUACGGGAAGACGGAGCUCCUGGGCAAGAAUAUCACUUUAUUGAUUCCCGGUUUCUACGACUACAUGGAGCUCGCAUAUGACAGUUCCUCACCACGGCCAAACCUGACCAACUGCUUGGACGUUGGCAACCAGAGUGAGCCUGGGGAGAGUGCUGUGGACCCCCACCAGGGCUGGGACCCGGCCGGCGAGGCCAAGGGUCGGCCCAGCCUCUUCCUCCCAGAUUCCAGGGUUGACGGCUCGCUUGUCGGAGACCACGAGCUGCCACGAGGCGAGACCCUAGAGGUAGCGGGAAGCCGAGAAGCCUUCGCAGGGACCUGGGGCCAGGCAGACCCCAGAGGAGGCCACCUCCCUCCCGCCCUCCCGCCUCCGCCUGUUCCGCCUGUUCCGCGAGGGGACAACAUCCCAGAAGGAAGCCUGCCAGCCCAGGAACGGUCAUCGCCCAAGGACCAGCAGAACAUCCCAGAAGGAUGCCCACCAUCCCGGGAACAGUCAUUGCCUGAGGACCGGCGGAACAUCCCAGAAGGAUGCCCACCAUCCCAGGAACAGUCACUGCCUGAGGACCAGCAGAAGAUCCCAGAAGGAUGCCCACCAUCCCAGGAAUACUCAUUGCCUGAGGACCAGCGGAACAUCCCAGAAGGAUGCCCACCAUCCCAGGAACAGUCCUUGCCUGAGGACCAGCGGAACAUCCCAGAAGGAAGCUCACUAGCCUUCAGUAAGUGGUUAUUUCCUGAGGGCCAGCAGCAGAACACUCCGGAAGGAAGCCUGGCAGCCCUCAGAGAAAAGUCAUUGUCCAAGGACCAGCAGAACACCCUGGAAAGAAGCCCGACAACCCAGGAAUACUCAUUGUCCAAGGACCAGCGGAACCUCCCAGAAGGAUGCCCGCCAGCGCAUAGCCAGUGGUCCUUACCCGAGGCCCAGCAGGACACUGUCUUGGAGAAGGAGGAGCGUGCAGCCCCAGAGAGCCUCAUACGGGACCUUGAGGGAAAAAGUGGGUCUGGCCCCAGGGACACGUGGACGUUUGCUUCACGUGAAGACUCUGAAGGCCCGGCUCCAGCAGAGGGUGGGAGCAGAAACCCUGGGGUGUGUGGCCCGCACCAGGAGGCACAGCUGGAGGGGGCAGGUGUGAGCAGUGCCGGUGGUUCAAACCAUCGGGCUGGUUCUGUCAUGCCCGUGCCCCAUGCUGCAGGCCAGCCGGCGGGACAGCGCCUCCUGCCGUGCUACCCCAGGUAUGGGGGUGAGCAGAACACGCAGCCCGGAAGCCCCCCCAGGGCAGCGCCACCCUCAUUCUGGAAGCCUGUGCUAGAUGAGCCGUGGGCAGGGGAGAGUGACCGAGAUGAGCUGCAGACUUGCCUAAUUAAGGAGCAGCUGUCCAAGUGGAGCGUCGUGGGGCCACCGGGCGUCUCUUACACAGAGCGCCCCCUAUUCUCUGCCCCUGUGUCGCUGUGUGACCCGGGAGGUGGAGGCCCGCGCAGCCGUGUGGGCAGCUCCGCGGCUUACUACGCACUGGCCACAGACCUCCCCGGGGUCCUGGAUGCGGUGCAGGCCCGGGAGGCCGAUGGGAAUUCAUUUUCCUGGAAUCUCAAGGAACUCUUUUUCGGUGAACAGACAGACCGAACGUCCUUGAACCGUUCCUGUACCGUGUCAGAGCUCGUGGAGAUGGCCUCUCCUUCGCUGGCGGGCUCUGACGCAGACCUGAGUGGUCCGCACGGGCCCGGGUCACAAGUUCUGGACGACAGAGAGCUGUUGCUCCUGACGGGCACCUGCUUGCAUCUUGGUGAAGUUCAGCAGCCUCGCGAGAGCUGUCUGGGGCGCGGCCCGGCCGAGCCCUCUGAGACCCGUGUGGUGUCCUCAGGACCCUACAAAGUGAGCGGCAGAGAGAACCCAACCUGCGUCCUUCCCACGCCGGGAGCUGGCUCCGUGGAGGUGUGCCCGUUGGAGGAGCCCAGGCUGAGCUUCCAGGUCACCUCCACGCCUGUGAAAGGGGACAGCCCGGCGAUGCCCGGGGCCCCUCUGCAGCAUGAGAUCCAGGAGGGCACCUAUUCCGGCAGCUGUUACCACCGAGACGGCUCGUGGCUGAGUGUGCAGUUUGAGGUGAAGCGGGUGGAGCUCCAGGGCUCCGCGACCCUGUUCUGCUGCUGGCUCGUGAAAGACCUGCUACGCAGCCACCGGGACUCGGCCGCGCGGACCCGCCUGCUCCUGGCCAGCCUGCCCAGCUCCAGCCACUCCAUGUGUGAGCUUUCUGGACCCAGCACAGGGGAGAUGCUCAGGAGCCAGCCCUGGUUUGAGGAGCCCCCGACGGCUCUGGAGGUGGAGGGGCUGGCCGCCUGCGAGGGCGCGUACUCCCGCAAGUACAGCACGCUGAGCCCACUGGGCAGCGGGGCCUUCGGCUUCGUGUGGACCGCGGUGGACAGAGAGGAGAAUAAGGAGGUGGUGGUGAAGUUUAUUAAGAAGGAGAAGGUGUUGGAGGAUUGUUGGAUUGAGGAUCCCAAACUUGGAAAAGUUACUUUGGAGAUUGCGAUUCUGUCCAGAGUGGAGCACGCCAACAUCAUCAAGGUGGUGGACGUAUUUGAAAACCAAGAGUUCUUUCAGCUGGUGAUGGAGAAGCACGGCUCCGGCCUGGACCUCUUUGCGUUCAUCGACCGCCACCCCGGCCUGGACGAGCCCCUGGCGAGCUACAUCUUCCGACAGCUGGUGUCGGCAGUGGCCUACCUGCGCUCCAAGAGCAUCAUUCACCGGGACAUCAAGGACGAGAACAUCGUGAUCGCGGAGGACUUUACCAUCAAGCUGAUCGACUUCGGCUCGGCUGCCUACCUGGAGAAGGGCAGGCUGUUUCACACGUUCUGUGGGACCAUCGAGUACUGUGCGCCCGAGGUGCUCCUGGGAAACCCGUACAAGGGGCCGGAGCUGGAGAUGUGGUCACUGGGGGUCACGCUGUACACGCUGAUCUUUGAGGAGAACCCUUUCUGCGAGCUGGAGGAGACCAUGGAGGCCGUGAUCCACCCGCCAUACCUGGUGUCAGAAGAUCUCAUGAACCUCGUGUCUGGGCUGCUGCAGCCUAUCCCCGAACAGCGCACCACCUUGGAGAAGCUGGUGACAGACCCCUGGGUGACACAGCCUGUGAACCUUGCUGACUACACCUGGGAUGAGGUGUGUCGAGCGAACAAGCCAGAAAGUGGAGGUCUGUCGGCGCUGAGUCCGGAGAUGGAGAGCAGGUGCGCGAGGGAAGUGGCCCCAGAGCCUUGCGGGGCCUUGUGCCCUAGGGGCGGACCCUGCUGAGCGGACACCAGCUCCCUGCUCCUCAGUAUCACUCUGGGGGACUGAAUCGUUUUCGGGCCUCUUCCAUUUAGAGAAAGUAAACUCUCAAGAACUAGGCCCAGUUCACGUUCUAAAAGCUCACAUGCAAAAUGCUAAAAGCUCUCUAGCCUUAAAAAAAAUGCUAGAACAAAAGCCAGUGAUGCUGUAAGAUUUUAGUUUUAUAAAUAGACUUGGAAUUCACUUUUGUCAUGACCUCGGGAAAGCGUUCUAGUCCCGGGUUGAGUUUGUACUGUUAAAGGGCUUUCACUUGUGGACUUCGGAAAGGCGUAAAGUUUUUUAGUCUUUCUGCUUUUGUAUACACACGUGUGUUUUUGUCUCCUCUGACUGGACAAGCGCCCAUCGGAUGUGUGGAGUUUGUAGAACUGGUUAGCAACUGACCAGACUAUUUCAUUAACUUAUUUUCUUGAACAUUUUCCAAAUUAAAGCAAUUUUGUAGUGAACAGUUA